AUGGGCUUAGCAGGACAACGAGACAAGCAGCGCAUUUCUGCCGAUCCAAACAACUUGCACUGGAGUAAAGAUGAGAGCAAGUUUGGAUUCAAAAUGUUGCAAAAGAUGGGCUGGGCUCCCGGAAAAGGUCUCGGCAUCAAUGAAGACGGUACACGCGAUCAUGUAAAGAUCAAGUUGAAAGACGAUACUUUGGGCCUGGGCGCCAACAAGAAAAAUACAGACAACUGGCUAGGCAACACCGAUGCAUUUUCUCGUCUUCUUGCUGAUUUGAACAGUCGUACGCCCUCGGAAGCCAGCAGCGAAGCGACAUCGGAGUCA